GCGGGAUGGAUCCGUUGGGAGAUACCCCAACACUAAACUUGAAAGCUGCUCGCCUCCCGCUGGAACCAACCGAACGCAUGCGCAGUAACGCGGUAAAGGCACAGCAGCCAAAAAAAAUGAAAGAAAAAACCUGCUGGAGCGUUUUCCAGCGGCCCGCGUACACCAUCGUAGUGUGCCAUCUCUCGCCACGUUCAGUACGCAUGUGAGGUCGCUUAUCAACGCUUCCUACCAUUUUCAGUGCGCUGCAGAUUGCAAUACUAGGCAGUGGUAGUAGCAGGGCACACAUCGGCACAGCUGGCCAGUAAACAGGUGCACAAGUAAACACAUAAGCAGAGCCUGUGGAUUUGGUGGAGCAAUUUUGGAAAGAAAAACGAGUGAAAAAAUUUGCAAUUACAAAACGACGGCACAAACGCGGAGUACGGAAGGCAACAUUUGCGUUUGCAGAUUGAUUACGGUCGGGUGGCCCAGUGUGUCUGUGUGUGUGUGCGUGUGUGCGUGUAAACGUAACAACGGGACCGGAGAGGAGGGAAGGGAGGCAGUGGCAAAGGUUGGAAGGUUUUUCACAAGUGUCCUUGGUUUUUCGAGUGGCAUGAAAUACGGCCCAGCUUCACCAUUCGGUUGGGCGUAUGAAAAGCUGCUGCCACUAGCCUGCCUCGAUGUGUUUCACUUUCUUCCGGGGUAGUGUGCACUACGGUAAGCAGCGACAACUUUAGCGAAUUGAUGAAUUAAACCAAGGAAAAGGAAGGUCGUGCGAGGCUUUGGUGGAAGCAGCAGCUGUGAGCAGAAAAGCUGAGUGUAUGUGUGUGCGGCAGUGUUACAGGAAAAACCCAACGUUCUGAGCGUAAAGAAUAAAAACACACACACAAAUACACAUAAAGUUCUGUGCGAAGGUGAAGUUCACAGUGAAGCAGCAGCACCAAGGAGCGCAUAUAUGUACACGGAGGGACCAGAGUGCGUAUCAUAUGGAUGUGGAUUGACGGGAGCUGUGUGUAAAUUUGGCCAAGUCCCCUUCGCCUCCCUAUCAGACACCGAGAGCGCCUCGAAAAAUCGAAAAUGAAUUUUGGUCCGUAGCCUGUACGGAGCUCGGAAGUGUGAAGCAAAUCAACCAUCUGUGUGUGUCGUACGUGCCCAGCCCCGUUCCAUACGGUGCAAAAACGACCUGUCCGAGCGGCAGCAGCAGCAGCAGCAAGCGGGACUGUACCAACAAAAAGUGUGCGGAAAAGUGAAAGGCUUGCUCGGGGAACAUGUUUCCCGAAAUAAACCCCCCCAGGAAAAUGUCGUUCCAAGCAGAUCCGGUCGAUUUUAAAGAAAAGCUCAUAGCGGCAGUGAAGAAAGAGGUCAAACAGGUGAUGGAGGAAGCCGUCACCAAGAAGUACAUACACGAAGAGUCUUGCUCGGUAACGGCCCUGUGCGCUGCGGUCGAAGCCUGCCUCAGCCAGGGGCUGCGAAGGCGAGCCCUCGGACUGUUCAAGACAUCCUCCACCACCGCCCUGCUGCACAAGGUGGCCAAGCACUGUCCCGAGGCGGCCUGCAUCAGUAGAAAGGUGCAGGACAUCGAAAACAGUGACCCGAACAAGCGAUCCUCGUCCAGCAGCGACAGCACAAACAAGCCGCCGAUCCUGAAGAAGGGCAGCAGCAACUCGGUCUCGACCACGACACCACCACAGACACCGCCAGUCGUCAAAUAUCUCUGGAUCCGGUUGGCACUGUACGAGAAGAAGCUGUCCCGCAUCAUCGACCAUCUCGUGUCGAACGCAACGCGCUACUACGAGCGCGAUUCACUCGUCGCCGAUCCGGACUACGGCUCGAUACUGAGCUCGCUGCUCGUUGGGCCCUGUGCGCUCGACUACUCGCGCGCCAAAACUGCCGACCACUUCUGGACCGAUCCGCCGGCCGACGAGCUCGUCCAGCGGCACCGUAUCAGCUCGAGCAAUCCGACGCCACCGGCGUACCGGCGCCCGAUGCUGAACUUCAAGCGCAGCCUCCACACCAGCUCCGAGGAGGGCAGCAUGGCGUCGUUCAAGUCGAACAGUCUGGCGUCCGCCUCGAAGGACUACGUGGAAUCGUUGCAUCAGAACUCGCGCGCCACCCUACUGUACGGCAAGAACAAUGUGCUCGUGCUGCCGAAGGACGUCAGCGAACCAAUGCCCGGCUAUCUCAGCCUGCAUCAGACGGUACAAUCGCUCACGAUCAAGUGGACGCCGAACCAGCUGAUGAACGGGUACACCGAGUCGGAGAACAUCGACAAAAGCUCGUACUGGGCGUACGCGCUGAACGUGAACGUGGACGAGAUCGUGUACGUGCACUGCCAUCAGGCGCGCGGUGGCGACACCGGCGGCACCAUCAUCCUCGUCGGCCAGGACGGUGUUCAGCGACCGCCGAUACACUUCCCCGAAGGUGGCCAUAUGGCGGCAUUCCUGAGCUGUCUCGAAACAGGUCUUCUCCCGCACGGCCAGCUGGAUCCGCCACUGUGGUCCCAGCGGGGCAUUGGACGCAUCUUCCCCUGGCCGCAGAAGUCGCGCCGCCGACCGCUUCCAUCGCUGCUCGAGACGAACGACGAGAUGCCGAUCGAUUACGUGUUCCGCGUGGUCAACAAAGGCAACACGGAUGAGUUCUUGGCAACACAUUCCAUACUGGAGCUGGGGCGCACCAGUCCCCGCUACCGUGCCCAGCUGAGCAGCUGCUCAACGAACGAAAGUAGCGACUGCUCCAGCAAAAGUCUCUCGAUCGACGCCAUGUCCAUUGACAGUCCGAAUCCCCAGACAACCCAAUCCACCAGCAUUGCGCUCGUCUGCAGCACGAUGAAGCGGCAGAUCAUUUCGCGCGCCUUCUACGGCUGGCUGGCGUACUGUCGCCAUCUGUCCACCGUCCGCACCCACCUGUCCGGGCUGGUGAACGGGCGCAUCACGCCGGAAACCGGGGCCGAGCAGGGGCUGACGCGAUCGCGCUGGGAAAGCCUGCACGACGGCAACGGUGUCGUGGCGGACGAUCAGGAGGUGUACCGGUUAGUGUACUACGGCGGCGUCGAGCACGACAUCCGGAAGGAGGUGUGGCCGUACCUGCUCGGCCACUACAGCUUCGGCAGCACGCCGGACGAGCGGGCCGAGCUGGACGAGACGGCCAAACACUACUACGAAACGACCAUGAGCGAAUGGCUGGCGGUGGAAGCGAUCGUGCGCCAGCGGGACAAGGAGAAGACGGCGGUGGCCGUGGCGAAGCUGAGCUCGGGCAGCGGCAGCAUGGAAAACCGGAGCAAAACGCUCGACCAAGACGCCGACGGGGAGCAGGGGGAGGGAGAGGACGAGGAGGAAGAGAUGGAAAACGAGGUGUUCGAGGAGAAUGGGUUCUCCGACAUGUCCGAGCCGGAGGUGGAGGGCGAGGAGCGGUCGGACGCGAAGGUGCAGCUGACGAAGGAGACGAUCACGCUGCCGGUGGUGGCGCAGGACGCCCUCACCGUCGAGACGGCCGGGGGUGCGGGCGCCGCAGAGUCGGCCGAUCGUGGAGAGGAGCAGGAGCAGGAGCAAGACUUUGACAGCAACAAGAGUUCGCCGUCGGACUCGUCGUACGCGACGGUUGGCAACGAUUUCAUCGACGUGGCGGACAUUAUCUCGCCGAUGGGCGAGGAGGACUCGGGGGGCGCACGAUCGCUCGGGGCGGUAGAGCGCAUGCAGGAGGGCGAGGACGAGGAUGGGGUUACGUCGGGCGAAGGGGGCGCGGGGCCGGACGAGGAGGAGGACGAACCGGACUCGCCGAAGUCGCUCGAGCAGCCGCGCGCCGUCAUCGUGACCGAUGCGUCGAUCGACGUGACCAUGCUGCUGCCGGGCGAGGUGCGCGAGCUGAACAACAACCACACGCUGUCGACGCUGGCGGAGGAGGGGGGCAACCAGCAGCAGCCGGCGCUGGACUCGCUGCAAGAGCCCAAAUCGGCCUGCGUGUCACCGGCCAGCUCGAACGGGGGCAUCUAUAGUAGCGAGCUGCUGGAGUCGUUCGGGCUGAACCUGCAUCGCAUCGAGAAGGACGUCCAGCGGUGCGACCGUAACUACUGGUACUUUGCCAACGAAAACUUGGACAAGCUGCGCAAUGUCAUUUGCACAUACGUCUGGGAGCAUCUGGACGUGGGGUACAUGCAGGGCAUGUGCGAUCUCGUCGCUCCACUGCUGGUCAUCUUCGACGAUGAGUCGCUGAGCUACGGCUGCUUUUGCCGCUUCAUGGAGCGCAUGAUUGAAAACUUCCCGAACGGCGGUGCGAUGGAUAUGCACUUUGCUAACAUGAGAUCGCUGAUACAGAUCCUGGACUCGGAAAUGUACGAUCUGAUGCACGCGCACGGUGACUACACGCACUUCUACUUCUGCUAUCGCUGGUUCCUGCUCGACUUCAAGCGCGAGCUGAUCUACGCCGACAUCUUCUCCGUGUGGGAGGUGAUCUGGGCGGCCAAGCACGUCGCGUCCGCACACUUUGUGCUGUUUCUGGCGCUGGCCCUGCUCGAGACGUACCGUGACAUCAUCCUGUCGAACAGUAUGGACUUUACGGACAUUAUUAAAUUUUUCAACGAAAUGGCCGAACGGCACAACACACCCUCCGUUUUGAAGCUGGCCCGAAGCUUGGUGCUACAGCUGCAAACGAUCAUUGAAAACAAGUAAAAAAGGUGUGACGUAGUCGCACUACAGUCAGCCAGCACCGAAGAAGGCGUGCAACAGUAUACAAGGAAGCUGCUGCAAGCGUUACACGUUGUACAACAAUGGUCAGCGCGUGCAGUUAUCUCCCGCGGGAGUAAAGGGAGUAGUAGACAAAUGUACUGUAUCUACUUUUAAAGGCAGAGCGAAUACAACUCCUACCCAUCCUAAAUUGAAAGCUAAAAAAGGUGGAAGAUAAGCGGUAGAGCAAAUUUAUACUUAUCGAACAAUUAUAAGGCGACAAAGAGUCCUCUCCAACUUACCCAUGAAAGGUGGACUCUUUCACGAUGUUUUAGAGGUGCUCCUUCCCAUCUGACUGUCCGUCUGUCUGUCUGUCUAUCUGUCUGUCUGUCUGUUAGUCUGUGUAAUGUCACUGUUUAGCACUUUUGGACAGUUUGUUUGUACUUUUUGUAGCUGUCCCUUGUUGAUGCGUUGUCGACAGCGUGUCAUUAAGUUGCUUUCCGUUGUCGUUGUUGUCGCCAUUGCUGUUGUCGACUCCGUUAGGAGUGUUUCCUUUACGAAAAUAUAAUUAUAUGAAAGCACACACAAACACAAACACACACACACACACUUUAGAGUAGCUGGUGCUUCACUCUGUUAAGCAGACGUAGUGUUGUAAAACUUUUGUGCCAUCCCACCAUAAAUACACACACACAAACACACAGACCAUUCCGUGGCCAAGCUGAUCAAAAGUAUAUAGGGGGGUAGCCCAAGCCAAUCAGCUAAAGUGGUAUGGUGGUGGCAGCUAAGGUAUCAUAAAAGAGAACAUAAAAGUACAUGCUAAACCCAUAAAGCGGUGAGUUAAGUUCGUUGCGUACAACACUAAACAAACAAUAACAACAACAACAAAAAAGCAUCUUCAACUUUUGUUUCACAUUUCGUAGAGUUCCCUAUAGUGUGAGUGUCUAAAAGUCUAAAUAGCAAAACAAGAGCAAAACAAAACAAAGAUAAACAAACUACUUCAAAAUAUAGCAGUAUAAAUUAGUGAAUGAACAAAAAAAAAAAUACAAAAAGGGAAAUGAAACACAAAAAACAUGAUACAAACAAACAAACAAACAAAAAUCCACUACAAUAUCCAAUGCAAUUGAAUCUUAUGAUGAAUCGUACUAAAAAAAUGGUACAACAAGAAAAAAAACAAGACAGAAAUAUAAUGAAUGCAAGAAGAAGUAAAAACACAGCAAGUUAUACUGUUUUAGACCUACGUAAGCAAAACUAUUGUUGGUAACGAUGUAAUCAAUUAUAUUUACCAGUAUUAGUUGCACUUUGCGUACAUUAGCUUUUCUUUACUACCAUCACCGGUAGCGUUGUGUGGUUUAACCGGGGGUACACAUUUAAUCAAACUCGUACAAAAGCCUGCCGCCAGGAGUCUCACAGCUCGCCACUCUUUUCCGUGCAUAAUUUGUUUCUCUCUUUCAUUAAUUACCAAACACAAACUCAUAAAAUCAAUGGAAUUUGUACUGCAAUUGUCAUAAUCACAAUCAUAAACAAAACUGCUAAAACUCGAUGAUGACCCUCUGGUUAGCACAGUUUUACAGGGAUCGCUUCUCUAGCCGGCUCAACAUCGUAAACAAGGUCUUUGAAAGAGAACAGGUCGAUGCGUUUAGAGUAAAUUGACAGAAAGCCAUGGGAAAAUUUUGACAGUUAAAUUGAACAUUGUCUAUGUUUAGCGAUGUACGUUACUAUGGAGUGAAUGUGAGUUUUGUUCAGCAUUUUGCACUCAUUUCCUUUUAUAAUAUUAUAAGAAUUAUAAUCUAAUUGGAAUUAGCCGGUCUCGUAGUACAGUCGUCAACUCGUACGGCUUAACAACAUGCCCGUCAUGGGUUCAAGCCCCAACUAGACCGUACGUAGGACUGACUAUUCUGCUAUGGGGGGUAAUCCAAAAGUCACUGAAAGCCAAUCCCAUAAGUGGUAUAGGUAGACGUUGACCGACAACGGUUGUUGUGCCAAAGAAGAAGAAGAAAUUUAAUUGAAAGUAAAUAGAACUUCUUUUACCCAGUUGGAACAUGUACUGUGCUGGUCACGGAAUGGCAAACAAUGAAAAAGGUUAUCACAAUGUUUCUGAGUCCGAGAGUAGACUGCAAUUACUUCUCCUUUAUUCUCCAGAAGUGGUUGACCGCAAGAAAUUUAACCAAUAUAAUCUUCCUAAUAGUAAAUUCGUCCACUUUUCCGCGUUAACUAUUAGCCGUUUGUUUGUAAACAUUUUUCAUGAAACUGUCAAAGCCGAGCUGAAAAUGGCAACCUAGCAACGGGCUAUGCAUCGAUCGGUUCUCCUUAAUAGACCUUGAUCAUAAAUUUACCAUUUUCAAUACAAUUUAAACAUUAUGAAUUGUGUGUCGAUAUAGAUCCUAGCAACCAGUGACCGAUCGUUUGAAUUAUCAUUUCCAAAGAAAUAAAAUCAACAUGCUGUCUCAUUCUGUCAGUUCCGAUUGUUCUGUUGGUUAGAAAGAGGAAGCAAGUUAGUUUUGUUUCUUUCGGUUAAUAUCUUUGAAAUUUGUUUUACGGAUAUGAUUUUUUUCCCCUAAGGCGUUGAGAUGGUCUGAGUAGCCCUGUAUUAGCAUAGGACGCAAAAGUGUACCAUUGUAAACGAAUUACACCUAAGAAGAAGAAGAAGAAAAAAAAACAUGCAACUAUUCUGACACAAUAUUCUUAGCAA